CUCUGAUGUUACAGCCCAGCAGCGCCAAGUUUCCUAGCUACUGGUGUCAACUAGGAGGGGCGCAGACGCUGCGACAUGGAGGGCCGUGACAGUAAGGAGCCAGAACAGCUGAGGAAGCUGUUUAUUGGCGGUCUCAGCUUUGAAACAACAGAGGACAGCUUGCGUGCUCACUUUGAGCAAUGGGGCAAGCUCACAGACUGUGUGGUGAUGCGGGACCCGGGGAACAAGCGGUCACGAGGUUUUGGUUUUGUGACAUACUCAUGUGUAGCUGAGGUGGAUGCAGCAAUGAAGGCCCGGCCCCAUAAAGUCGAUGGCCGUGUUGUUGAGCCAAAACGGGCUGUUUCCCGAGAGGACUCAAAUAAACCAGGGGCCCAUUUGACAGUGAAAAAGAUUUUUGUUGGUGGGAUUAAAGAGGACACAGAAGAAUAUCACAUACGUGAAUACUUUGAGCGGUAUGGGAAGAUUGAGAGCAUUGACAUUAUGGAGGAGCGACCAACAGGGAAAAAGAGAGGAUUCUGUUUUGUAACUUUUGAUGAUCAUGACACUGUGGAUAAAAUUGUUGCCCAGAAAUACCACACCAUAAACUCCCACAACUGUGAGGUCAGGAAAGCACUACCCAAACAGGAAAUGCAGGCAGUUUCUAACCAGAGAUAUCGUGGUGGUGGUGGGGGUAAUUUCAUGGGCAGAGGAGGCAACUUUGGAGGGGGCGAUUUUGGUAGAGGAGGCUACGGAGGAGGCAGAGGAGGCUAUGGAGGAGAUGGCUAUAAUGGAUUUGGUGGAGAUGGUGGUAACUAUGGCGGUGGCCCUGGUUAUGGGGGUGGACGUGGAGGAUUUGGUGGGGGCCCUGGCUAUGGUCACCAGGGAGGAGGAGGAGGAGGCUUCGGAGGAUAUGAUAACUACAACGAUGGACGCAAUUUUGGUGGAAAUUUCGGUGGUGGAGGAGGUGGAGGUGGAGGAGGAAACUACAAUGACUUUGGAAAUUAUGGAGGCCAGCAGUCUAACUAUGGCCCCAUGAAAGGCAAUAACUUUGGCGGGAGGAACUCAGGUGGACCAUAUGGAGGUGGCUAUGGUUCAGGUGGUGGUGGCGGUGGUGGUUAUGGCUCAAGGCGGUAUUAAUGUGCGUAUGUUUGUGAUUGAAAACGAAGCGGCUGGUCAGAAAAUCUUGUAUGACACGUUUUCAGCGAAAGUUCUGGAUGGGUAAGAUUAAUUCUUUAAAUUGUGUGGACCUUUAUAAAAUAUCCUCCCAUAGCCACAGACAGAACCUGAUCCUGAAACUGUUUGAGAGAACAGCACUACAGUUACUGUGAGUAUAUUAAUUAGUAGAUUUAGUGAAUUUAGCCAUAAUUUUACCCAAAUCAAUGAACCACAACCUCAGAAAGCAUUGACAGGCACUCGUUGGAAACAUGGGUAAAACGCAAGAGCUCACUACUCAAAUAUAAAUUAUAUAGAGUCACUUCUUACAUAAAUAUCAUCAAGUGUAUUCUUUAUAGAACUCAUUUUCCAUGUAAGCAGAUAAAUAUAUAGAAAAUUUGUAAAACUUUGUUCCCACAAGUUGAUCUUUAGGAUUUCAGGUACAUUUUGUUUUCUUUCAGGACAUUUUUAUUAAGGGAAAUUAGCAUAAAUCUGCAUAAUUGAAUGGUUAAGAUAUAAAAAAGAAAGUCAUUCAGAGUGGUUUGAUGUGAAAUGCUCUGUUCUAAAGAAACUUACUGUGUCAGAAUUGUUCACAGUGGUAGUGAUAGGAACCAGAUGUCUGAAGUUUUUAGGGCCUCUUACAGCUUCCUCACAGAAUGUAGUUGCAUAAAAAUGGUUACUAAAAUACAUCAUUUUACAUUCGUUUUGUUAAAGGCUUUGGCCUAAACAAAUUGUUUUUUUUAAAAAUACCGUCACAGUAGAGAGGUAAGCGUUGCGUAUAAAAACACAAAAGACUUGUGUGGUCAUAUUGGAUAGUACAUAAAAUGGCUAUUUUUGUGUUGUAGACAUCAUAACCCCUGGUUUCUGUCACCACCACUGUAAAGACGUCUUGAGUCAGUAUGCUUCUCUACAAAGAACCAUUGCACAUCAGAACACUCAGUGAUUUUGUUUACAUCUCAACCAUUGUAUUACGUAGAAAAAAUCUGUGAAAUUCCCCUGUAAAUAGAGGUAAAUGGGACUGCGAAAGUUAAAACAAACAGUAUGACAUAGUCCAGAAUAGGAGGUUUUUUAGUAGUUUUAGUAGUUGUUCAACUCUAAAAACUUUCACUAGUAUGCCUGUACAAUGAAUUAUUGAAAAAAGUGCAUUUAUUUAAAAGUACAUAAUAUUAACUUUUCCGGAUAACUUUAAGUAUUGUUCUAUCUGUAUGACUGACCUUAACUCAUUUAAUAUGAGUAUAUGAUGUAACUAAUUGGACUUUUGUCUGCAGUAAAGAUAAGACGAUGUGCAGUUUUAUUACCAGCUAAUUCACAAGUAGUACACUUUGCUUGACUGACCACACCCUGGAGAUCAGAAUUGAUCACAUAGUAUAUUUCAGCUACAGACUAGCUUAUAUUUCUUAUUAUUUGGAUAUGGGAGGAUAUACAUAUUUACUCAGGGAUAAUAUUAGUAAAAAAUUUUGUUUGCUUGAUCUUGCAGUACACAUUAUCUUUAAUGUAAAUCUUGUUUUUAUUUCCCAGAAUAUUUCUAUUUUAGUUUUGUGUGAAUGUAUGUGUCUACCAUGACACUAAUUUUUAUUUUUCAAUAAAGGUGAUUAAAAAAGUCAUUUUCCCUGUAAUUUAUGAUGGUUUUUCAAGUCCUUUUGUAGAUAAGGCGGAUCUUUAAAAAAAUGUAAAAACUCAACCUGGCACUUUGUUCUCUUAACCUCUUCACCAGGUUUAUGAAACGUGCUUUAGACCUUGCACUCAUGCAGCUCACACUACAGCAAUGGCUUGACUUUUAAUUAAACCCUUUGAACUUGGUUACACAAUGU